AUGAGUGAAACUUUUAACAUUGCGAGGACGCAUUCUGCUAUAGAAGCGCCGAGCAAUAAAGAUGACGUUAAUGGUAUUGUCUACGCUCCUGGAACUGUUUUGCUAGAAAAUAUCGUCAUUUCCGAAUCCCAUCUGCGAACUGCUAGCUCUGUUAUCUUGCAACCUAAACCAACUGUAGACCCCAAUGACCCCUUGAACUGGUCUCUAGCGAGAAAAUCUCUCAACUUCGGAAUCACUGCAUUCUACACUCUUCUAAUCUUUGGCUUAAUUGAUAUUGGCCCAGUAGUAUGGCAAGACUUUGAACGCCUCCUGGGAAUCACUUAUCCUGAGUUGAACGAUCAAUACGCCGUGAACUGCGCCUCCCUCGGCAUCGGUUCAAUCAUGCUAAUCCCAUUGGCGCUUAAAUUUGGCCGAAGGCCUGUUUACCUCCUAACUUCACUGGUUGUUUUUAUCACCGCGGUAUGGCAGGCGGUUCUACGAGACUUUACGAAUAUGGUAGCUGUUCAGAUCUUCAAUGGAUUUGCAUGCGCCGUCAGCUGGACUUUGGUGCCUAUCACGAUCACGGAUCUUUUCUUCGUCCACCAACGAGGGCGCGUGAAUGCUAUAUACCAACUAAUGCUUAAUGGAGGGACCUUCCUAGCCCCAGUUGCUGCAGGGUAUAUUGCAGAUACACAAGGAUGGCCAUGGAUCUUCUGGUGGACUGCCAUUUUCCUUGGUUUGAACCUGGCCCUCUUUGUAUUCUGCUUCGAGGAGUCCAAAUUCAAAUUUUCCAGCAGUGCUAAUGCAAUCUCACAUGAUUCUGCGAGUCUCGGGGGUAGAUUGGAUUUUGAUACAUAUAAUCAUGACUCGGCUGAGAGGAUAAACCUUGCGAUUGCAUUAAGAACGUAUCGUCAACGAAUGGCACUUCUUACCAGAACCCCCGGCGAUCAAACACAGUACUGGAAUCAACUCUACGAACCAGUGAGCGCAUUGUUUAAGUUUCCAGCCGUAACAUACGUGAUGUUAUCCUACAGCUCUCUCCUGGUCUGGUUUACCGUCAUCGCCACUACACAGUCGGAAUUCUUUGCCCUUGAACCCUAUAGGUUCGGCACCGCAGAAAUCGGCUUGCUGAACAUUCCACCGUUCAUUGGAGCAGUUCUUGGAUGUGUCUGGGGUGGUCCAAUCAGUGACUGGUCUAUCCAGCGGCUUUCCAUACGGAAUAAUGGGGUCUAUGAACCAGAAAUGCGCCUCUACAUUGCCAUCCUACCGGCUUUGAUAGGCCCAGCAGGUAUUUUGCUUUACGGCUAUAGUCUAGCAAAGGGCAUGCCAUGGAUCUGGCCUUGUCUUGGAUCCGGCCUCUAUAGCUUUAGUAUGGCAGGACUUCUCCCGAUUUCGCUUACCUUCCUAAUCGAUUCCUACUCUGAGAUCAUCGGAAGUGCCUUGGUAGGAGUGAAUUUUGUGCAGUAUAUGUUUGCAACCAUUGUGAUUUUUGCGUUGGACCCGUGGAUCCAGGGGAUGGGACUACAAAAUACUUUUAUCUUAAUUGGAUGUCUUGCGUUUCUGGUUAAUCUUCUGUGCAUUCCGAUGAUCUGGUUUGGGAAGCGCUGGCGGAUCGCCUGCAGGGGGAGAUAUGAGAAGAUGGCUGCGCGACAGUUUGAUGACCGAAUCUAA